AUGUUUCUAGAAUCUCCCGAAGUUAUGCUUGACGUUCUGCACAUUAUCACUACAAUUUCAUGUCCGUUCCAAGUGUUUGGCAUCUACUGUAUCCUGUUCAAGACCCCAAAAACUAUGGUUUCAAUUAAAUGGAUCCUGCUGAACUUGCACGUAUGCUGUCUGUUAUUUGAUUUAGGACUCACCGUACUCAGUGCUCCUUGUCUCAUAUUACCUGCAAUGGCUGGAUUUCCACUGGGAAUUUUGUGGACAAUAUUUGAAGUUCCAAUUAUAUUUCAAACAUAUUUGAUUUUUACCAGCUUGCUCAUGGUAUGUAACGCAAUUCUUGUUAUGGUCGAAAACCGAUACUAUCAAAUGUUUGCGAGAAACAAGGCAUGGCAUCACUUCCGUUUACCAUACAUUUUUCUACUAACUAUUCUCAACAUGACUUGCGCAUUAACUUUAUAUUAUUAUGUGCCAGAUCAACCGGCGGCGCUGGAAUAUGUGUAUAAGCAAGUACCAAAUAUUCCCGCCGAGUUCAAGUCUCGUCCCAUGUUUGUGCUGUCGAUUGAUAUUGGUGUCCCCAUAGCCGAAUUCAUUUUAAUUAUCAUAUUUCUGUUUUCUAAUGGAAUUAUUUUUAUCGCAUUGAUCCAUUGGAAUAUGAACUCGUCAACUAUCAAACAAGUGAAAUCAACGCAAACCAGGAAAAUGGAAAAGAAGUUUCUGCUAGCGAUCUAUGUUCAGGCAGGUGUUGUGAUGAUUGCACUCCUGUGCCCAGCCACCUAUGUCAUAUUCUCGGUAUUCAACGAUUACUACAACCAAGCCGCUAACAACUGUAUGUUCAUUUCCUUCGCAUUUCACGGAAUAUUCUCAACACUUAUCCUUCUAUGGGGAUAUAAGCCGUACCGAAAGUUUUGCAUGGAUAUCAUGAAGUCAAUAAAAGCCUACAGAGAAAAAACAACAUUGGCUGUUGGAACAGCAGAAGUAUCUCGAUUAAGAAACGCCAUGGUGUAA